CCGACUGUGGGUCAUUGGGCUUCCCCUGAUAAGAAAGGUUGCUCAAUAAAUGCAGUAGUUCUAAGAUUUGAAUGAAAGACAAUUAUCUGCCAUUGUCUAUGCGGAGGUGAUCCCAUUGACUAGUAGGAAAAUCGGCAGUAGGCUAUUCACCGAGCAGACAACUUACUCAUACCCUGAUUCAUCAGUCAGAAGUUAAUUGCGGGGGAAAGUUCAAUAUCUAUUGCUGUCUGCUUCCUCGCACCUCCUAUAACUGCAGUCAGUGGGCAAGAGACACAUCUCGGGUAGUUUAUUUUCUGCAUAUUUUUCACAACCUGGCGCUGAGUCCUUACAUUACCUACUUCAACUGACUAUGGAUGUGGAAGAAAUUCUCAACGGCACUAUCCAUCCGACCUGUUUAGAAGAACCUCCGCUGGCUAUCGAUGUCAUAAAGCGUGAGUUACCCAGAUUACCUUAUCUAUCAAUUUGUAGAUAGUGUUUAAUUAUGAAGUUGUUAUUGUGAAAGCGAAUUUCACUACGAAUUGUACAAAACACUUUUUUGGGAUGCAGACUGUUUCUUUUGCAUGUCUGACUUCAUUGACUUAACAUACUCAUUGAUAUGUGCAAUAAAUAAUAAUAAUAAAAUAAUAAUUCAGUCUUGGUCUUAUAUCAUUCAUUUGCACCUGACAUGUCAAGCAUCCCAAGGCAAGACAGAAGUUACAAGUAUCAUAAUAUAGUAGGGCUAUAUUAGAAGUGACAUUCAAACAGUUAGGCUAUAUAAUUAUUUUCUCAAAUGUGUGUGAGAACUACACCGUGGCCAUUGGUAUGGCAUCAAUGUGACUGAUUGGGUCUCGGGCACACAACAGGACUUUAUUAGCCCUUUGAGCUAAAGCUCAGGUGUUAGCUCUGGAAGUAUUCAGGUAUCAGGCUAGGUAACGUUGUUGUUUACCAAACCAUCUCUGAUACACAGACAAGCCCCCAAAAAACAGAUUCUGAGUGAAUUUGUGCUCCAAAUGAAGGGCUAUAGUCUGUGAUAAAGGCUGAUUAGAGGGAUAGCAUUGUCUGUGCUCCUAGUAUGUUGGAUUAAAUCUCUUUCACUCUGCCCAUCAUUAAAUAUCCAUGUGUAGGCCACAGAUAUGCAUAUUUGGCUUCUCCACUGAGUAAUUUUUCUGUUCUGAGUAAUAUGAUGGCUCAUUUGAUAUGAAUGAUAAAUAACUUGCAUGGCCUUUCAUCCUUUGCAUUCAGUCAACAUCUCUUUAAGAGUGGUUUAUUGUUUCUGUAGAUAGCAUUGAUCUCAGUCCAUAUUAAACAAAUCAAGGAUACAUUUAGACAGCUGGGUUUUCACAGGGCCGAGUGAAGUAUUGUUGGGAUCUCAUCAGCACUCAACCUCAAAAGAGGCUGAAUAAAAGGGUUAGGCUUUGGAUGCUGUUUCACAAAUGCUGUUUUGUCCAUGGGGAUUUUGUCAGGCCAAGAGAGGAUGUUGUUGCUAGGGGCUGCGACUUAGAUAGAUUACAAUAAAUGGUCUAGUAAUGGAUUUCUCAAUGACCUAUACAACCUCUCUCUCUCUCCCCCUCUGAUCUCCUUACUCUCUGUCCUUUAACUAGAGCUGGAUGUCUUUGGCGUGGCUCUGUACUCCAUGCUGACCCUCAUGUCUACCCUGUCCCUGCUACUAUACCUGGAGGAAUGUGUGUUUAUCUAUAGAAAAGUCACAUCUCCUAAGAAGACAACUAUUAUGUGGGUCAAUGGUGCUGCACCGGUAAGAACUGAGAACUGAGACAGCAGUGUAUCGCUGUGGUUAUAGCUAGAUUGCCUACAUGGAGAGAUGACAUCACAAACAUCUGUUUGGGUGUUAAGGUCCAAUGCAGCCAUUUUUAUUUCAAUAUCAAAUCAUUUAUGGGUAACAUUUAAGUACCUUACUGUGAUUGUUUUCAAUUAAAAUGGUCAAAAAGAAACAAAAAUAGCUUCUUAGCAAAACAUUUAUUUUGCUAGCACUGUCUGGGAGUGGGAGGGGAAAUCUGAAAAUUAGCUGUUAAUGGCAGAGAGGUUUGGAACUCUCUUUCUUGUUGGUCUAUUAACUAAUUUACUGUCUGGUGAUACAAUAUCACCAAGCAGGCCAAAACUCUAUCCCACCAAAACAGGCUGAAAUUUCAGGCGGUCUUAUCAUACAGCUCUUACACUAAAAGGGCAUUAUCAUAAUUUUCACAAUUUCACAGUAUUAUUCCAACCACAUAGUGUGGAAAUAUAUACAAAACACAGGAUAAUCACAUUUUUGACUGCACUGGGCCUUUAACUUUUAGCUAAGCUGUAAAUGAGAAUGUCUGUAAUUCUGUGAUCAUACAGUAUUUUAUUCAUCACUUUAUAUGAAUGAGAACCAUGUGGAUGAAUGUGAUGACUAAAAGUAACGUUCUGUUUCUGUCUCAGGUCAUUGCCACCAUGGCUUGUUUUGGGAUGUGGAUACCAAGGGCUACCAUGUUUACAGAUAUGACCUCUAAUUCGUAAGUUUCCUCUCACCCACACCUACUUUAGGGAGAGAGAGAGAGACAGAAGUUAAGAGAGAGAGAGAGGAGAGAGAGAGAGAGAGAGAGAGAGAGAGAGGAGAGAGAGGGGGGGGGGGGCGAGAGAGAGAGCGAGCUGUGCUGGUGAGCGAGGAGGGGGGAGACGACGAUGAGAGAGCAGCGUAUCGAGCGGGUACUAUCCCGCUCACUCUCUCCUCACUCUCUCUCUCUGAUCUCUCUCUCUCUCUCUCUCUCUCCUCUCUCUUCUAUCUCUCCCUCUUUCACAUACCCUCCUAUGAAGGCAUAAACUAUUUCACUAUACUGCACUAACUAGAUGCAGUGCUCUUUCACCUGUAGUAAUGAGCUGACAGGGAGCCAUAGCAAGGAGCAAUGACAUAAAUGGGAGGAGGAUUUUUAUGAAUGCACUCAACUAUGUCACCACAGUUUAACCACUCUCUUAAUCAUUACACUAUGUUAGAGAUCAUCCCCAGAGAGCUGGGAGCCUAGGGGAAAAAUGCAGGAAAUUACACUUUUAGCUAGUUGAAAAGCGAAGCACGUGCGUCAAGUACAGAAAAUGCGGGCUAGACAUCCGGCAAAACAAUACGCAUAUGCAUCUGGUUGGCAUAAGGGCUCGAUUUAAUCCGUAUCGCAGAAGAUCCGUACUAUAGCGCAAUUUAAAUUGAGUGGUAUAGCAUGAUUGUCAUUUAGCGUUUACCGUAAAUGCAGUCUCCGCAAAUGCGGGAACAUUGCCUUUAAAUGUCCUUUAAAUAUAAAUUGCGCUAUGCAGCAGAUCAGAGAUCAGCCCACAUACCCAGAGAGCUGGGAGGAAAAAAUACAGGAAAUGACAAAAACAAACACAACAAAAACUUUUUGGGACACAAACAAAAGUUGAAUGGGCAGACUAACUGGUUUUGAAGGUUGGUGACACACACUUGUUAUAUGUGUACAAUGUAUCUUACAAUUUACAAGUAAACCCUCUCCUUUUCUCUAUAGGUACUUUGCAGUGGUGGUGUAUAAGAUCUUGGUUCUGAUGAUAGAGGAGAGUGGGGGUAGUGAGGCCUUUCUGAAGAGCAAUGCCCAGAAAACCUUCAAGAUCAAUGUAGGACCCUGCUGCUGCUGCUGUCCCUGCUUGCCACGCGUUCCGGUCACACGGUAACCGGGGGGGAGGGGGGAGGGGGGGGUUAUAGAUAAUCAUUGUCACAUCCCACUGGGCAAAAACUGGUUGAAUCAACGUUGUUUGAAUUAGCAAAAAGUAAUCAAUGUAAGGGAAUUGUUUUAUUUUUUUCACCCAACUUUUAGCUUAAAUCUAAUGACAUGGUGACCUUUUUUGUUGAUUUCACGUUGAAUUCACGUUAGUUGACAAGUCAUCCAAAUGUAAAUCAAAACUAGAUGUUGAAAUGACAUCUGUUACCAGUGGGAUAAUGAUUCAUGCUCAGGUCACUCUUGGGCCAGAGGAUUCUUUGUGUUGGUAAUGUUGAACACAAGUGGUUAGAACAUGUUAAUAACUCUGGUCUGUUUUCAUUCAGGCGCAUGUUAUUCUUGCUGAAGCUGGGGGCUCUUCAGUAUGCUAUCUUAAAGACAGUCAUCUCAAUUGUGUCCAUAAUAUUGUGGACCAAUGGCAACUUUGAUCUUUCUGAUGUAAGUAAUUGUCCUCCUUUCUGUGAAAGUCUUCUCAGCAACAACAAACAUCCCCUUUACAUCUUAAGCUUCAAACUGAACGUGGUGUCAUUCCAUUGAUGUCCACUAUGCAAAGCCUACCCUCUUUAACCUAUCUCCAUGUCUCAAUGUUUAGCUGGAGAUCACAGGCACGACUAUUUGGAUCAACCCAUUUAUAGGUGUUCUCACCAUCAUCUCCCUCUGGCCUGUCGCCAUCAUGUUCAUGAACAUAUGCAACACACUGCGCAGCAUCAGGAUCAUACCUAAGUAUGCCAUGUACCAGGUGAGUCUGACCAUGUCCUACUGCACAAACCAGCUAGUCCAGGAACUGCCUGCUCAAUGACAUUGAUGAAAUUACAUCAGCUUCUGUCAUUUCCUUAGUCCUUGACCCUUGAGCUUUUAGGAAUGUUGUGUACUGUCUGAUUCAGUCUGGCAUUGUUAAUUCCUGCAUCCUAAUAUUCUAUGCAUCUCCAUGAUGCCGCUGGUCAUGUGUCCAUAGCUGGUGCUGGUGCUCAGUCAGCUGCAGACGGCCAUCAUUAACAUCCUGGCCUUGGAUGGAACCAUCGCCUGCUCCCCACCCUUCUCCUCUACUGCCCGUGGCACCAGUAAGUGACAGAACAGGUCCAAAUGAGAGCCAUUACUUGAUUAAUAUGAAGUCCAUGUCCACCAACCCUGUCUGUCUGUGUCUGUCUGUCUGUCUGUCUGUUUCUGUCUGUCUGUCUGUCUGUCUGUCUGUCUGUCUGUCUGUCUGUGUGUCUAUGUGUCUGGUCUGUCUGGUCUGUCUGGUCUGUCUGGUCUGUCUGUCUGGUCUGUCUGGUCUGUCUGUCUGUGUGUCUAUGUGUCUGGUCUGUCUGGUCUGUCUGGUCUGUCUGUCUGGUCUGUCUGUCUGUCUGGUCUGUCUGGUCUGUCUGGUCUGUCUGGUCUGUCUGGUCUGUCUGUCGGUCUGUCUGUCUGUCUGGUCUGUCUGGUCUGUCUGGUCUGUCUGGUCUGUGUCUGGUCUGUCUGUCUGUCUGGUCUGUCUGGUCUGUCUGUCUGGUCUGUCUGUCUGGUCUGUCUGUCUGUCUGGUCUGUCUGGUCUGUCUGUCUGUCUGUCUGUCUGGUCUGUCUGGUCUGGUCUGUCUGGUCUGUCUGGUCUGUCUGGUCUGUCUGGUCUGUCUGGUCUGUCUGGUCUGGUCUGUCUGUCUGGUCUGUCUGUCUGGUCUGUCUGUCUGUCUGUCUGUCUGUGUGUCUAUGUGUCUGUCUGCAGUGUUGAGUCAGCAGCUAAUGAUCGUGGAGAUGUUCAUCAUUACCCUGGUGACCCGGGCAUUGUACCGCCGCACCUACGACCCUCAUCCCUCCGACCCCCACGAGACUGA